AUGCCCGGAAAACACUCAAAAUCAGAGCUACCCACAUUUAUAAAAAAAAGACUCUAUUACUACUUCAUCCCUUACUUAUUGAAACAUGCCUUGAAUGAAAAAGCCCUGGUUAUAUCCCCUUUCCUCUCAGCUUUCCCAACCAAGCAGGCAGCGCACAACCAUAACCCAGGCAGGACCGGAAGAGGAAGGGCUUCGCGCGGACCCGGGACGGCCAUCUUGGCUGAGGUGGCCGGAAGUGGCCGGAGCGGGCGCGGACUGAGGCUGCGCAGCGGCUGCCGCUCUAGGGCGCUCGCGGCGUUAUGGCAGCAGUUCCCGUGUAGUGGGCUAGAGUCCCGCAGCUUCAGAGGCCCCUCUGCCGUCGCACCCAGUUCUCCUCCCGCCGUCCAACCCUUCCGUCCGGGUUCGCGCAGCGGCUCGCACACCGCUCAGCCCUUGUGCGCGCUGUUCUGCCUGCCGGAGCGCGGGGGUCUCCCGGACUCUCGGGCCGAGAGGGAGCAGGAUGGCAGCUGUGACGGUGAGACCCAGGCCCUGGCCGUCUCUCAGGAGGAGGCCUCGAGCCCCCUCCUGCAGGAGAGCCCCAAGGAGGCCCUCGGGACGGUGAGGGAGGAGAAGGCUGCGUAGCCCGCCCUCGCCCGGGAAAGGCGCCAAAGCCCUGACGCGGAGCGGGCACACUGCUUCCCGAAUCGGACGGUGGCCGAGUUGGUGCAGUUUCUGCUGGUGGAGAACAGGAUGAGGUGUCCCAUCACGCACUCUGAGAUGGUGAAAUACGUUGUUGGAGACUGGAAGGAUCUGUUCCCGGAGAUCAUCUCAAGGGCCGCAGAGCAUGUGCGGUAUGCUUUUGGUUUCGAGCUGAAACAGCUCGACCGCAAGCACCACUCUUAAAUCCUGAUCAACAAAUUAAAACCUCUGGAGGAGGAGGAGGAUCUAGGAGGAGAUGGCCCCAGAUUGGGUCUCUUAGUGAUGAUCUUGGGUCUUAUCUACAUGAAAGGUAAUAAAAGAGCCAGGGUGGCCCAGGUCUGGGAGAGGCAGUGUCGUUUGGGGGGUCCUUGCUUCAAAGUAUCGCUUCGUCUGAAACCAAAGAGGCUUGCGGAAGAUUUUUUUGGGCAGCGAUACAUCAGUUACAGGCAGGUGCCUAGUCCACCAGAAUAUGAAUUCUCUUGUUGCCCCGGAAAAAACCUGGAAAUCAGCAAGAUGAAAGGCCUAGGGUUUGUGGGCAGCCUCCAUAAGAAAGAACCCCAGCACUGGCCAUUGCAGUAUCGUGAGGCUGUAGCAGAGGCCAACAGGGCCAGAGCCAAAGCCAGGGCUGAGGGCAGUGUGAGGGCUAGGAGCCAGGUCCCCAGCCAGUGCUAGGCCCUGCACUGGCGCUGGUUAGGGCUGGUGGAAAGAUGGAAAACAAGGACCCUACGGGUGUGGAAGCCACUGUCUUGAGUCAUUGGUGUAGGUAGGGUGAAAGUCAUUUCUAAAGAAAUUGCAUAACUUUUUAGGUUUUGUAUCCUCUUAGGUCGUAUUACAUUUAAUAUGUAUAUAAAUGAAUUUGGUCUUUUUUUCUGGAAGAUUUUGUUGUAGAGUUUUGCUAGUUUUUAAAAAUGGAUUGAAAAACUUUAUUCUGCGAUCUUGAAAAGAUUAUGCAGCGUGGGAAUGCUGUUAUUUAAAUCGUUUGAAGAAUCUUAGCAUUAUGAUGAUGUACUAGAGGAAGAAAACAGCUGAUUCAAUGUCUAGCCUCCAACACUUUUUGUCUGUUGUAUAUUUUUUUUAAAGACUGACAUUUGCUUAGAUGUUAUAGUAUCUAGAAAAACAGUCCAGUAAAUUGCAAGUAUACCCUGAACACUUAAUAAAUUAUACACGUGUUGAACA